UUAUUCCAAGUGGCUUGCACUUUUUCGACGAGUGUGCUGUGUACAUAUGCAUUAGUGGUUAUAAAAUUGUUAGAAAAAAAUGGAUAAAUCAAUCCGAGAAUUUAGUAACUUAAGUAAUAAACAAUUUCAAUAAAAAACACAAAGGACAGAAAGCUAAAAUCAUAAACUUAAACACAAUGUACUUUUGUACUUUUUGUUAUGGAGGUGAAUGUGGAAAAUCGAUAAACCAAGAUUCGGUCUGUAAACAGGCUUAAACAAAAAUAAAGAUGAAGUGAAAAAACAGUGUAUUGUAUUUAUACAAUUAAAUCCAUCGAACCUGCCAAAAUCGGAAAAUAUAAAUUCUUCGAUUAUGAGCUCGAAUGGAAGUGACCUGGGACACAAUAAUAGGCGGAAUGAAAAGGGUAACCCCGACAACGUGCACGCCGCGAUGCGUGGGAACGGCAGCAUGAGCUCUACCCGCAGGAAGUCCAUUAACUUCCAGAAUCAGCUGCAAUUGGCGUUGGAGUCGAACGAGUGCGAUGUGAUGUACUGCAGCCUGUCUUCAGGUCGCUUUCGCGCUCCAAACGGCGAGAAUUUUCCUCCACAUGCGGGUAAACUGAAGCUCUCGCCGCUAGAGAAAUACGAUGAUGCGAAUAGGGGCGUGCCGCCGCCUUCGCCGGCACCAAAUAGCGAUUGCUUUGCCACCUGUGUGGCCAAUCAGCUGCCCACUCAGUCGUGCAGUGUUGGGUCCGUCAAGCCGGAUAAUUCCACUGUGCUGCAGAAACAUGGAAUGGGUGCGAGUGGAAUGAGUGUAAACGGAAUAGGAGGCAACGGCAUGGUUGGCAACGGAAUGAGUGGAAACGGGAACUACCAUCAGCGUGGCGUAUCACCGAACUCCAGAUACCGCUUGGAGCGGUAUCGCGAGACGCAGCCCACUCCCCAGACAAAGAUGAUGGAGAUACCCUCUGCAGUGCCGUCGGUAUCCUCCACCCGUCUCCUACUGCCUUCCAAUGUACCCUUGCCACUCUCGCAGUGCGAGAACUACAAUGCCUAUCUGGGCUCCACGGUGCACACGCCGGUCAAGAGGUACGUGCCCACCCCGCCUCCAGCCAUGGAUCUCUACUCGGACCUGAGCAUCUCAUCCUCGCCGGCGGCCAAUCUGCCCACUCCCGCCGCCGCCGCUUCCACAUCCACAUCCGCAUCCGCGGUUCAGUCGCAGUACGCCAACAUGCCGUACAACUACCAACGCUCCAAGUGCUGCCACAGUGAAGCCUCGCACGGCAGUCUUAGCCGCACUUCGCAGACGUAUGCCAGCUGCUCGCCGGCGUGCACAUCGCCCUCGCCGGCUCCUUCCACUAGCAUGUCUAUGGUCUUCUCAGCGGCCAGCUCCUGUUCGCCGAUCAUGACGGCCACCAGCUCCUCGAGAUCGGGACCGCACAGGGGCGACGACAGCGAUUCCGUGAUUGUGGUGGCUCCCGGAGGCGGCUCCAUAGCCCAGCUAGAGGUGGACAAUCCCUCGGGCACCUGCCUGCACUGCAACACAGUGCGACGCACCACGGGAGUUCAUCAGACCACGCAGACCACGGGUCCCAUCAGCCCGGUGCCCAUAUCCCUGCCCGUGCCCAUGGCAAUGCCGGUGAUCUCGGGCCUGAACGAUCCCCAGCUGCCUAGCCAGAAUCUGGAGUCCAGCAUGGUGUCCGUGCAGGCGAAGCGCAUCGAGGCCAGUGGCAGCAUGGGUGUGGUGCCUCCGGGAUCGAGCCAGCACCAGAUGUACCGCGGCCAGAUGGCCAGCAAUCCGCGCCUGCAGCACAUCCACCACCAGACGCAGCAGCACCAGUCGCUGCAGGUGCUCCCACAGCCGCAGAUGCACCACCUGUCCUGCAAGAAGCGGAUCGGCAUCUACAUGCGGCGCACCACCUCGCAGUUCUUCGGCGUGGAGCCGAGCACGGAGGUGGCGGACUGCGCCCUGUGGCAGGGACGACAUCGUCGCCUGGCCAUCCGCUGCUUCGGGAUGUUCGACACCGAGCUGGAGUACCACAUGCAGCAGGCCAUCGGCGGCGGUGGCGAGGACGUGGUUCAGGGGAGCGGACCCGGCAGCGCCUAUGCCCCGGAUCGUCCGGACAUCCUGCCCGUUCAGGAUGCCAUCGGCAUGGACAUGACCCUGUCCGGCGACAACAGGCGGCAGAAGUGCUACACCAACCGCGACUUCCUGGCCGGGGAGUUCGUGGAGCGCAAGGCAUCGGUGGGCUACAUGUUCGUGGCCAUGGUCAGCUAUUUGGUGCACAUGUUCAACAAGAGACGCCCCAUCCAGAUGCACCGGGUGCGGUGUCCUUGGCAGUGGUCCCGCAGCUUUGCCCCCCUGCACGUCACCUCGCACAACAAUCAGCAGGCGGAUGCGGACUGCCUGACGGACGGGCUGGAGGCCAUCAUCGACGACGAGGUGUUCUUCGACAGUCCCUGCGAGAUAACGACCACGUCGUUGAACGACGAGGGCUCCGAGCUUGGCAGGCAGCCAGCCAAGCCUCGUCCCUGUCCGGAUCCCUCGGGCGUGGGCGUGGGCGUCAGUGUCUACAUGGCGGAGCGGCAGCAGAAUGGGUGGCGAACCUCAGCCCUGAACAGCGGAGGCGGUAAUGCCAGCAGUGAUAUCAACCUGACCGGCGAUCAGUCCUCGCAUCCGGCUGCGGCUGCCCACAUACCCCUCUGCAGCUCGGUCUCCAGCCAAAUGCAGCCAAAUGCGAUGCGCAGCUCCCACUCGACCACCUCCACAUGUAACCGGGGCAACCGGAUCACCGCCCAGCUGCUCGAUGGCGUCCUCGAGAACUCCAGGCGGCCGCCGCUGCGCUGCAUCAAGUACUUCUCGGUGAACGAUCUGGACGAUCGCACCGACCACAGGCCCUUCUUCACCUACUGGAUCAACACGGUGCAGGUGGUGGUGCUCAUCCUGUCGAUCAUCUGCUACGGCAUCGCGCCCAUCGGCAUCGGGUCGGAGCAGAAGACGGGCCAGGUGCUGGUCACCAGUCUCAGCCUGCAGACGGUGCAGCAUGUCGAGCAGAGGAACCUCUGGAUCGGUCCCCGCAACAUCGACCUGGUGCACAUGGGGGCCAAGUUCGCCGCCUGCAUGCGACGGGACAUCAAGAUCACCGAGGUGGUCACCAAGACGAGGCGACACGAGAGGGAAACGGCCUGCUGCAUCCGCAACGACGACUCCGGAUGCGUCCAGAGCUCCCAGGCGGAGUGCUCCAUCCGAGGACUCUACCCUACGAAAUCGAUAUCAACGUGGAAGAAAUGGUCUCCCAGUGAGUCCGGACCGGGAGGAAGAAUCUCCGGGUCCGUGUGCGGACUGGAUCCCAAGUUUUGCGAUGCCCCAGCAUCGAUAGCUCCGUACGAGUGGCCCGACGACAUCACGAAGUGGCCGAUCUGCCGUAAGACCAACUCGUUUACCCAACGAUAUCGGUACAAGGACCACACUUCGGAGCACAUGGUAUGCGAGGUGAUUGGACAUCCGUGCUGCACUGGCUUAUACGGGGAGUGCCGGAUAACGACCCGCGAGUACUGUGACUUCAUAAAGGGAUACUUUCACGAGGAAGCCUCAUUGUGCUCACAGAUAUCGUGCCUGAACAAUGUGUGCGGAAUGUUUCCGUUCAUUUCCGUGGAGACUCCGGAUCAGCUAUACAGACUGCUCACAUCGCUCUGCAUGCACGCCGGCAUUUUGCAUCUGGCCAUUACCCUUAUAUUCCAGCACUUGUUCUUGGCCGACUUGGAGAGGUUGAUUGGAACCGUUCGUACUGCGAUUGUGUACAUUAUGUCGGGCUUUGCUGGAAAUCUAACGAGCGCCAUACUUGUGCCCCAUCGUCCUGAGGUUGGACCCUCGGCAUCGCUUAGUGGCGUGGUGGCCUCGCUGAUUGCCCUGCUGGUUUGGAUGCACUGGAAGUAUCUGCACAAGCCGCACAUUGCACUAUUCAAAUUGUUGCUCCUGUGCAGCGUGCUGGUGGGAAUCGGAACACUGCCUUAUCAACUAAACUUCCUGGGAUUGCUGGCUGGAGUGAUUUGUGGCUGUCUUUUAACCAUGUCUUUAGUGCCAUUUACCACAUUCUCGAAAUACGGUCGAAAGAAGAAGAUAAAUCUCAUUUGGACGUGUGUACUGUUUCACAUCAUCGUGUACACUGCAUUGAUUGUGACAUUUUACAUUCACCCCAGUGAAUUCCAUUCGAUUAGCUUUGUAGAUAUGUUUAGUAAUAACAACGGAUACGGGUACGACAAUUUCACCAAUUCCGACCAUCAUGGCGUUGAUGUUGUGAGCAGCAAUACUCGAUACUCCCAGACGCAGAACUCCCAAUAUUAUUAUCAUCAUCACUCGGAUGACAUCAUAAGGAAGAGCGUUACCUUUACAGAGAAAGCUCUCGUUUCGCACAUUUUAUAUCCCGCUGCGCCGCGGAAAACGAGCGCUCAACAAUGGCAGGAAGUAGAGUUUAGUCGUUCGUUUAAUCACCUUUCAAACUAUAGUGAUCGAAUUAAAAAAAGUAUUGGAAAUAUAUCAAAGCUUAAGCAAGUGUUCACUUCACCCAUUAGAUUCUCCAACAAGAACAACCACUCUAAUCUUAUGACUGAAUUAACAUCGGUGCACUCCGAAAACAAACAGAAAUAUUUAGGUUACAUCAAUAAUACUGAAUUUAACGUCCUUUAAUAUUUUACAUAUUAAUUGAAUUAAUUCAUGACAAACAAUUUGACAAGUUUGAGUGCACAAAUAGAUAACAAUUAUAUGAAUAACGCAUUAAAUGUCUAUUUAUGUAUGUAUAAUCCGAACUUCAAAUGAAUAAAUAAUAAUUAGUAUUACAAUUCUGUGGUGCUGUUUUGAUUUAUAUUUCUAAGGCAAACGGGAUAAAAAAAACUGUGGUGCUGCUUUGAUUUAUA